AUGGGUUUCUUCUCAAUGAUUUGUUGUGUUAAGGAUUUGGAGCGGAAAAAACAAGGGGAACAUAAUUCAAAAGUGAGGAUAUUUACUCUCAAGGAGUUAGAAUUGGCAACCAAUAAUUUCAACAAUGGUAACAAACUUGGAGGAGGAGAAUUUAGCAGUGUUUAUUGGGGUCAGCUCUCCAAUGGUUCACAAAUAGCUGUGAGAAGGUGGGAGGCAGGCCGGAAUCGGAGCAACACAACGGAUAGGGAGUUUGCUCUGGAAAUCGAAAUAAUGGCGCGUGCGCACCACGAGAAUCUGCUGAGCCUACGUGGAUUUUGUGCUCAAGGGCAAGAGCGUUUAAUCGUCUACGACUACAUGAUUAAUCACAGCUUAGAAUCACAUCUUUUUCCCGGUCGUCAACAACAAUCUGCCACGUGUCAUCUUGACUGGACCAGGCGGAUGAGUAUCGCCAUCGGGGCUGCUGAGGCCAUUGCUUUGUUUUAUUCAAUUAGCUAUCUACACAACCAUGCAACCGCACACAUAAUCCACAGAGAUAUCAAAGCCAACAAUGUACUACUAGACGUCAAUUUCAAGGCCCGGGUGGCCGAUUUCCGAUCCGCAAAGUUCUUACCUGACGGCGCAACCCACGUAGUCACCGGACUAAAGGGUAGUGUCGGCUACGUUGCGCCGGAAUACGCCAUGCAAGGCAAGGCCUCAAAGUGUUGCGACGUUUACAGUUUCGGCAUUCUUUUGCUCGAGCUUGUUAGUGGAAAGAGGACUGCGGAUUGCAUGAUCGAGAUUUGGGCCGUUCGUUUGGCUUGUGAGAGGAAGUUCGAUGAAAUUGCGGAUCGAGGGCUGAAUGGUAAUUAUGUGGAAGAAGAGAUGAAAAGAGUUGUGCUUGUUGGAGUUGCAUGCGCAAGUAUUGAACCUGAGAAGAGACCAACUAUGAUUGAAGUUGUUGAAAUGCUCAAAGGCGACAAAGCGAAGCUACUUGUUCUCGAGAAUUUGAUCUGCUCUCUUUGGUUUCAAAACCGUUUCGAUUUCGAAAAACAGUCGUUCGAUUCGAGCUGAUCAAUUUUAAAGAAUCAAGAUCAUCAUACAACAUAAUGUAUAGGACAGCAAAAUUCAACGAAAAUGUACAGUCGAAAGCAAUCACACCACAUAUGCAUAAAUAACAUGUAAAAGCAAAACCCAAACCUCCCAUUUAUAAACACCCCACUCACCAUCUUGUGAUCAAGGA